GUGCCGCAUAAUGACGACGUUGGACGGGAAUUGUUGAAGUUCUUACGUAUCCCAGUUGAUCAAUACAAUGAUUUACUUCGUUUACUGCAGCUGUCAAGCUAUGCCAAUGUAAUCUCUUUACUGGAUUAUCGCGGAAAGACACAAGCGGCAUCGUAUAUCCUUCAGAAUAUGAUCGAAAAUGUUAGUGUUUUGAUGCUAUCACCGGGUGUUCUUAUUGUUUCGGGAGAAAGAUUUCGUUUCUCGAUUAGUUCAUGUGCAUAA